ACAGCCAUUUCCACCUAUCGCGUCUGGCAGAGCUGAAAAGGGGAGGAGCAAAGCUUGCUUACUUGCUCCUUUUCGGCCCGCUUUCCCCUUGCACUGAAGAAGAACGUGCUGGAGUGUCCUGCAAAUCCUGAUUGGGGUCAAGGUAAAGCACUGGGGCCAGGUUUGGGGCUAUUCCUGCUCCGCGCAUCGCCGAGUCCUCGCCUGGCUAAAGUCUGGGGAAUUGCGGCACAUGUUCUCUGCCCGCUCUAAUCUCUGGGAGGACUUUGGGGGUCUCGAGGUCCCCGUUGAUCUGGGGUGUUGCUUUGGAGACCAGCAGCUAACGGGCAACCUGUGAGAGAGGGUAGGGGUCUCAAGAACAUCUCCAACCCCCCGCUGAGAUUUCCGCCGAGAUUUCCCGCCGCUCGCAAUGUCUUGCACAGCAGGAGGACCCCCGCCCCGCCUUCUGGUCCGCAUGGAGGGACUUCCAGGGUCUGCACCCAAUGCCUGACCUGCGCACCCCAAUCCUAUUUAAUUCGAAGCCUAGAAUCCUUCCCCCCCCCCACCCCCAGAAGUGACUAGUGCGGGAGUUCCCCACCUGGGGUCUCUGAACUUGCAUUUUUCGUGGUUCGUAUUUAGAUGCCACAUUUCACCAGAGCCAGUUUGUUGUAAUUCAGUGUUUCAUUUUAUACGUUUGUCCGGAGAAUUGGCUUCACCAAAAGUAGGCAAAGACUUUCUCCCCCACCUGACCUCCAGAAGUGACCUCUAGGCAUUGGUUGAGAGGCAGAAGAGGCCGGACCUGGGGCGUCUCUGCACACGGGGCAUCUGGCGGGACAGGAAACACAGGUUCCGGCGCUCCGCAGCGGGUCUUCCCCUCGAUCAGAUCAGUAGAUCUAGAGAGAGCCGAGUUCCGGCUUUCCUCCACCCUAGCCAAAGCCUCCCGCGUGCCCAGGAAGAUCUCCUUAAAAAGGGUGAUGAUGGGGGCAGCCAGGAAGCGUAGUGGAUAGAGAUGAAAACCAGACCUGGGGCCGGAGGAUCUGGAUUCAAAUGUGACCUUAGACAUGGCCUAGCUGUGUGGCCCUUGGCCAAGUCCCUUAACCCCAGUGGCUUGGCCCUUACUGUUCUUCCUAGGCAGAAGGAAUCCGUAGACCAGAAAUAUGGCAUCGACAGUCAAUGGAGAGAACCAUGGUGUUAAUCUCUGGGAAUCUCAAAAAAAUAUGCUGACCCAGCCAUUGAGGGACAAUGAUAUAGAGGUGUAUACAAUCAUUAAGAAGGAAAACCAUCGUCAAAAGACUGGGCUGGAACUGAUUGCUUCGGAGAAUUUUGCAAGUCGAGCAGUUCUGGAAGCACUGGGUUCUUGCUUGAAUAAUAAGUACUCGGAGGGAUACCCAGGCCAGAGGUAUUAUGGUGGUACUGAGUUUGUGGAUGAAUUGGAGAUUCUGUGUCAGAAGAGGGCUCUGCAGGCCUAUGGCCUGGACCCACAAAACUGGGGCGUCAAUGUUCAGCCAUAUUCAGGAUCUCCUGGGAAUUUUGCGGUGUACACAGCCCUAGUGGAACCACAUGGGAGGAUUAUGGGUCUCGACCUGCCUGAUGGGGGUCACCUCACCCACGGAUUCAUGACAGACAAGAAGAAAAUCUCUGCCACCUCCAUCUUUUUUGAGUCCAUGCCCUAUAAGGUAAACCCAGAUACUGGCUAUAUCGACUAUGACAAACUAGAAGAAAAUGCCCGACUCUUCCACCCCAAACUGAUCAUUGCAGGAGUCAGCUGCUAUUCCAGGAACCUGGACUAUGCCCGCAUGCGGAAGAUUGCAGACAGUAAUGGAGCCUACCUCAUGGCUGACAUGGCCCACAUCAGUGGACUAGUGGCCGCCGGCGUGGUCCCCUCCCCCUUUGAAUACUGUGACGUGGUGACCACCACCACACACAAGACCCUUCGAGGCUGUCGCUCUGCCAUGAUCUUCUUUAGGAAAGGAGUGCGCAGUGUGGACCCCAAGACAGGCAAACAGACGAUGUACAAUCUGGAGUCACUCAUUAAUUCAGCUGUUUUCCCAGGCCUACAGGGAGGGCCUCACAACCAUGCCAUCGCAGGAGUUGCUGUAGCCCUGAAGCAAGCCUUGACCCCUGAAUUUAAGGCUUAUCAGCAACAGGUGGUGGCCAACUGCAAAGCCCUGUGUGCAGCCCUGAUGGAGCUGGGUUACCACAUAGUAACUGGUGGUUCUGACAACCACUUGAUUCUUUUGGAUCUACGCAGCAAAGGCACUGAUGGAGGAAGAGCUGAGAAGGUGCUAGAAAGUUGCUCUAUUGCUUGUAACAAGAACACCUGCCCAGGAGACAAAAGUGCAUUAAGACCCAGUGGACUGAGGCUGGGAACCCCAGCUCUGACCUCCCGAGGACUGCUAGAAAAAGAUUUCCACCAAGUGGCCCAAUUUAUUCAUGAAGGAAUAGAACUGGCGCUGCGGAUCCAGAGGGACGUCGGGCCUCAGGCCACCAUGAAGGAAUUCAAGGAGAAACUGGCCGGGGACGCGCACUACCAGGGCGCUGUGAAGGCCCUCAGAGACAAGGUGGAGAGCUUUGCCACCACAUUCCCUCUGCCCGGAAUCCCUGGCUUUUAAGGAAAUGCUGGACUCCAUCCAUGAGUCCCGAAGCCUGAUCUGAAGGCUACCCGCGUGCCAAAAGCCUCCUUUUAAGAAAGGAAGGUAGGAAGCUAACCUGGGAGGGGGUUGGGAAAUGAGACGGGGGAGGGGUCUAUUUAAUGAGCUUUCCCCUAACCUCUGCCUUGGAAAAGGACUGCCAGGGACGGCACCCUGGGCGUGCAUAUCCUUCCAAAGGUGGUGUACAAACAAUAAACCUAUUUUGUCCUCAUCGGCCAUCCUCAAUCA